AUGUUUGUCUCUGGUGAACUAAGCAGAGUCAACUUCUUGCAAUGGAGACUUAACUGGCUUCCUACAAGUUGUGGUGGUGAGUCUCCUAUAACCAUCCCUUUGUUCACAGUGAUAGCAACAGCUCACAACAUCACGUCACUGGACGUGCCUCGAUACGGCGAUCCACAGAAGGAGGCGCGCCUCGUCUGCCACUACGUGAGCGAGAGAGACGACCCCGCGCUGCACUCCGUCAAGUGGUACCGCGGGAACCAUGAGAUAUUCCGGUUCACGCCUGAGCAGAAUCCCCCGACCCGUACCUUUAACACGACCCUGGGCGAGGUAACCAAGGGCUCCUGCAACCUGCACAGCUGCGCCAUCACCGUCGUCCUGCCGAAGACGUACAACACCAGGAUAUCCUUCACCUGCGAGGUCUCCACGGAAGGCCCGAGGUUCGCUGUCGUGAAGCAGACGAAGAAUCUGACUGUGGCUGUGAUCCUCAAAGAAGAUCCAGUCAUAUCAGGCGUGCCUAGCAGCGUGCAGUUUGGUGAAGACGUGAUUAUGAACUGCACCACAGUCCCGGCCAUGCCGCCCGCGAAUAUCGUGUGGUACAUCGAUGGGAAGCAAGAGAAGGUGGAGCCAUGGUCGAUUAACUACACCCGCGUGUCAGCGCCGGAUGAGUGGGGUCUCCGAAGCACCUGGCGGUACCUCCGCCUCAGAGUGAACACCACCAGGGGGUCCAUAGCGAUCCGAUGCGACGCCAUGCAGCCAACAUGGCCCCCCUAUAUAAGGUCCACCAACGCUAGCCUGGUGGUGGCUAGAUCACCCCAUCUGUCUAUGUUCACUGCUUCUGAGAGGAUGAGGAUUAGGAAUCCUGACCAGGCCUCGAAGCAGAUUGAGGUAUCACAGCAUCAAGAAGGCACUCCAAAGGGAGCCAUAAACAUAACUGAAGGCCGUUAAGCAUCGUGGUUAAAAUUUUCCGGCAUAUUAUGGUUCGUGUCCAACCAUCACGGAGUCAGUUAUGGUAAUAGCGGCGUGCUUGUCGUCAGUACAUAUAUUUUCUAAAUA